AUGGCUGAGGUGAAAGUGAAGGCGCAGCCGCCGGAUGCUGACCCGGUCGAGAUAGAAAACAGGAUUAUAGAAUUAUGUCAUCAGUUCCCUCAUGGAAUCACAGACCAAGUCAUUCAGAAUGAGAUGCCUCAUAUAGAAGCGCAACAGAGAGCAAUGGCCAUCAAUAGACUCUUAUCUAUGGGACAGUUGGAUCUCUUAAGGAGCAAUACAGGCCUUCUAUAUAGAAUAAAAGAAUCUCAGAAUACUGGUAAGAUGAAGGGAUCAGAUAACCAAGAGAAGCUUGUGUACCAAAUCAUAGAAGAUGCUGGAAACAAAGGUAUCUGGAGCAGAGAUAUUCGCUAUAAAAGUAAUUUGCCAUUAACAGAAAUCAACAAAAUACUAAAGAACUUGGAGAGUAAAAAGCUUAUCAAAGCUGUUAAAUCUGUGGCAGCUUCAAAAAAGAAAGUUUAUAUGCUUUAUAAUUUACAACCUGAUCGAUCAGUGACUGGUGGAGCCUGGUAUAGUGACCAAGAUUUUGAAUCUGAAUUUGUAGAAGUGCUAAACCAACAGUGUUUUAAAUUCUUACAGAGCAAGGCAGAAACAGCUAGAGAAAGCAAACAGAACCCCAUGAUACAAAGAAACAGUUCAUUUGCUUCAUCUCAUGAAGUAUGGAAAUAUAUUUGUGAACUAGGCAUUAGUAAGGUAGAAUUGUCCAUGGAAGAUAUUGAAACAAUUUUGAACACACUCAUUUAUGAUGGCAAAGUGGAAAUGACCAUCAUUGCUGCAAAAGAAGGCACAGUUGGUAGUGUUGAUGGACAUAUGAAACUUUAUAGGGCUGUUAGUCCAAUCAUACAACCUACUGGCUUAGUUCGAGCACCUUGUGGACUCUGUCCGGUUUUUGAUGAUUGCCAUGAAGGUGGUGAAAUUUCUCCAUCUAAUUGUAUUUAUAUGACGGAGUGGCUGGAAUUUUAAUAGCCAAAUAUGCAUUCUACUCACAUUUUACAAACAUGGGAAGAAAAUGAAGCUACUUUGAAAGCCAAUGAUUGUAUUUAUCAUGAAGUAUUGAAGCUGGUUGAAAGCAAACUACACUAAAAGGGAUAUAGACUACUGUGAAAAACAUAUUUGUAUUUAUAAAGAUUCAAAAUUCUGAUACAUAUUGAUGAAUGGGCCAAAAAUACACUAGGCAGCUGUAGUGAAAGCAUUACUCCUACUGAUAAACAACUAUGACUAACAUAGAUAUUGUGAAAAAAACAUUCUAUAUGGUUCUCUACCUCCAUUAUUUUUUCCGUUCAUCAGUUGAGCAAGAAGUUGAAUGCUUCCAGAUGAAAAGACUUAAAGGUAGAAGCAACAACAGAAUGGCACAGACUACAAAUGCAGACAGAUUAAUUGUUUUUCUGAACCCUCUUACUUUUAUUCCCACAUAAUAGAAUGGAAAAGUAUUUGAAAAAUCACUUACUUUUUGGCAAGUACAGUGCCAAAUUCCGAAGACACAAAGAAAAGGGAGAUGCUUCCUGCCUUCAAGGAGCUCAUGCUGUAAUUUGGGUAGAUAGCACACAAGGGAGGAUUCUGCUUCUUGGCAAAGGAAAAGGCCAUGAAUCCUACUGACAAAACAUCUGGGCAGAUGGUAAGGCUCUGUGGAUCUUGGGGAGCAGUGGUAGGACAGACAGCCCUCAAGAAUGACUGUGGAGAAAGAGGGUAGUAAGGUAAGCCCGAGGGUUAAAUGGAGAGUCUAGGUUACCUCCAGCAAAGAUGUGGAUGGUGGGAAAUAGAGGCAGGUCACAUCCAGCUGAAAGUGGAUAUCCAUUGCCUGGUAUGGGCUUGGAAACUAGAUAUUUAGGAUUAAGUUGGAGAUGGGGAAAAGUUCUCUAAGACUAAUUCAUGCUAGUCCUUUUAGGUUCCCUUUGGUGGACUGAGGCAAGUGAGGGUAAGGUUUUAUUUCUCUGCCAUGGUGACUGGUAGCAUUGGUCAGCUUUCAGGCCAUGCUGUUUUGGGGUUAAGGUAGAGGAGUUCAACAGAAGUUUAAAAAAAAACCAAAACUUCAAGCCAAAAUAAUGACAGUUACCAAAGGUUUGAUUUUUCAAUGUAGGGAUGUUAAUUGCCAUUCUUUUUUACUAAAAUUAUUAGUUUCAUUUGUAACAGUUGCUUUAUUUCAUAGUAUCCUAAUCUUAACUUACUAGCUCAAUACCAUUGUUGCUCAUCAUUCUUAUUUAAGGACAAAUCAUAAUGGCUCUUGAAAAUAUUACAUAUUGAGCUUUAAAAGGGUGAGAACCUAGAAAAUAAAGUUGGUUUUUCUUCAGUAUAGGUUGGAUACUCCUGUGUUUAAUAUUCUUUCUACUUUCCCUUUGUGUUGUUUAAUGUGAUGUAUGCUUUGAUGACUGAUUUCAUCAAUGUGUAAAUUCCCUCUGUUUACACUCUUUAUUGGUUCAUCCGGUGCCAGUAGUCUUUAUCCUUGAACCAGUCCUUUACAGCUGAUCUACCAAUAUUCUAGAGGCCUUCUUCUAGGUCAUUUAUAUUUUGUGGAUACCAGUAUGACACAUAUUUAUGCAUCAGGAUUUUCCCGCAUCAUUAGCCCAACAUUUCCCUGUUAUGUCCUUCAUAUUUAUUAUACUGCUUCUCUGGUAGAGGGAGGAAAUAAGCAUUUAUUAAACACCUGCUAUGUGUCAGACACUAUGCCAAGUGCUUUACAUAUGUUAUUUUAUUCUCUAGAGCAAGUCAUCAAUAAUAAUAUGCUAAUAGUGAGGAGGUCCAUAAACUAUAUAGCACGAGAGCAAUAG